CUGAAGCGUGAGACUGCAAAUCGAAAGAAGCCGGCAGAGACCACAAGGUAGCUAAAGUGUAUUUCAAAUGUUCAUCAAGAGACUGAGCUGUCUGUUGCGAAAGAGGUUUAGUAGAACACCACUGGGACUGUACUCUCAGGUUACCUAUUCCAUUCAGCGAAAGCAAAUACACUGCCUAAAGAUGGUGGACUCUCAGUACUACCUUCCAAACAGCAUUAGCAUCUCCAAGCUGGACUGCAAGGAGGCUUUUGGACUGUUAUCUGCAAAGGAGAAGCUGUAUGCCCACUACAUCUCUCGGGCGGCGUGGUAUGGUGGUCUUGUGGUUUUGCUGCAGACUUCCCCUGAGUCACCUACAAUUUAUGUGCUUUUGCAGAAGCUUUUCCGCAAGCAGACCCUAGCGGAGCUGGAGAAGGUGGCCAGCGAAGCUGGACUAAGUCCAGAGGAAUACAAGGCUGUGCUCGUGUAUGCAGCAGGAUUCUAUGCCAACAUGGGUAACUACAAAUCAUUUGGAGACACCAAAUUUAUCCCCAACUUGCCAAAGGAGAAGCUGAAGGCUUUGGUGUGGCAGAGUAAGGCCUUCAAGGAAAACGCUGCAGAGAUGGAAUCCUUGUGGAACAGCUGCUCCAAACUCCUCUUCUCACUGGAGGACCGACAGAAGCAGCUUGGACUAGGGCAGGAUGGGAUCACCACAUACUUCUCAGGAAACUGCUGUUUAGAGGAUGCCAAGUUGGCCCAGAAAUUCAUGGAUUCUCAGAAUCUGAGUGCCUACAACACCAGACUGUUCAAGAGGGAGCCAGAGGCAGGGAAGCAGGCCUAUGAGGUUAGACUGGCCUCCGCAGUGAAGAUGGAUUGCGCUUCUGAUGGAGAAGGCCAGACCCGCUGUGGCCGUUUUGACUUCGAAAACGCUGUGUUUAAUGUUCAUAGAGGUGACUAUGCUCCCCUUAUGGAAAAAGUCAGCCAAAAUUUGGAAAAAGCCAAGACCUAUGCAUCCAAUGAGAAUGAGGUUCGCAUGCUGGAGGAGUAUGCUAAAAGCUUCAAUUUUGGAUCAGUGGAUGCACACAAAGAAGGUUCCCGCUUCUGGAUUAAGGACAAGGGUCCUAUUGUGGAGAGUUACAUCGGUUUUAUCGAGAGCUACAGAGAUCCCUUUGGAUCCAGAGGGGAGUUUGAAGGGUUUGUUGCCGUGGUGAACAAGGCGAUGAGCGCUCGCUUUGCCCAGCUGGUGAGCAAGGCCGAGGUGCUGCUCCCAGACCUGCCGUGGCCAGCGGCCUUCGAGAAGGACCACUUCCUGCGGCCCGACUUCACUUCCCUGGAUGUGCUGACGUUCGCCGGCAGCGGCAUUCCAUCGGGCAUCAACAUCCCCAACUAUGAUGACAUCAGACAGACAGAGGGCUUUAAAAACGUGUCUCUGGGAAACGUGUUAGCUGUGGGCAGCGUCACUCGUAAAGAGGACCUCACCUUCCUCGAGGAGGACAUCAAGGAUUUGUACCUCAAACUGGUGGGGCCUGCCUUUGAGGUGCAGGUGGGGCUUCAUGAACUCCUGGGUCACGGCAGUGGAAAGCUCUUUGUUCAGGAUUCAAAGGGAAACUUCAACUUCGAUAAGGACAGCAUUUGCAACCCACUGACUGAAAAGUUGGUGACGAGCUGGUACCAGGAGGGAGAGACAUGGGACGGCAAGUUCUCCACCAUCGCCUCCAGCUACGAGGAGUGCAGGGCCGAGUGUGUGGGCAUCUACAUGUGUCUCAGCAAAGACGUGCUCAGCAUCUUUGGGCAUGAGGGUGAGGAUGCUGAGGAUGUGAUGUACAUCAACUGGCUGAACAUGGUGCGUGCCGGCCUCCUCGGACUCGAGUUCUACACCCCAGAGACCAAAACCUGGAGACAGGCCCACAUGCGCGGUCGCUUUGUCAUCCUGCGAGUGCUUCUGGAGGCUGGAGAGGGGCUGGUGACUCUGAAGGACACCACCGGUGCUGACGGACGACCGGACAUGGUCAUCUCACUGGACCGUUCCAAGAUCAAAACUGUGGGCAAAAAAGCCAUCCAGAAAUUCCUGUGCAAGCUACAGGUUUACAAGACCAUUGCGGAUGUGGAAGGUGGGCGUGCUCUGUACGAUGGCUAUUCUGAGGUGAACUCUGAUGGCCCUCUCGACUUCCUUCGCCUCCGAGAGACAGUCCUGCUCCGAAAGGUGGCUCGGAAGCUGUUUGUCCAGGCCAACACCGCGGUCAAAGGGGAGAGUGUGGAGUUGGUGGAGUAUGAAAGCACAGCGGGGGGACUGGUUCAGUCAAACACUGACCGCUUCCAGGAGGAUGCAGAAGAGCUAGAGCGCCACCUGCUGGAGCUGAGCUCUCAGGACGUGUCGUGCUGGUGCUGAGGAAGGCGCAGCUGACCGGAGCCAACUAGGCGUGACUCCUCGGCCAAUCCUGUUGCUCCUCCUCCAGUGUUUCAUUUGAUUGAUUGUUCUUAUUUGUCGGAUGCAAAGUGAGUUGAUGAACUGUUGAUGUUAAAUUUACUGUAAUGUACACCAAGGGAACCAAUGGUUAGCAGUGGAGGUUCUACUGAAGUUUAGCAGUGCUGAAACCUUAGUGUGACCCUCGAUUUCUAAUUUUUACAACAAAGCAAUCAUAAUAAUCGUCUGUAAAUAAUGGGAAUUUGGUAACAGUGAGUGCCGUAUAUGUUUGAGACUGUAUGAAUAACCGUGCAUAAUGACCUCUGUGUAGCUCAAACAAGAGAGGCCUGGAGGGAAAUGUGUGAUAAUGAGAGGGGCCAUUUUGAUCUUUGCGGUGGAAUUUGACAGAUUGGCUUUCAGAAGUAAAAUGGUGGUAACCUUUAGGAAAA